AUGGGUGCUGAGCGACGUAGCUAUAGUAUCCAGGAGAAAAUCGCUGUUCUAGCAGACUUUUGGAAAGGCACAAAACCUCCUUGGGAGGAGGCCCUGCGCAAUACGAGAAACGCGAGUAACGCAAAGGUCUACAUCAAGUCCAAGAACGCUGAACAUCCUCUAGCCAUCUUAGCGGAGCAGAGUGCAACUGACAAGUCAAAGGCGGACGUCGUGGAUGCGGAGGCUGUGUUGGAUCUGACCUGGGAACCUGAGAACGCUGCCAUCUCUCCAGCGACAACAACGACUACUUGCAUAGCUACUUCCGCUGCAUCAGCAGCUGGAGUGGCGCUGGACGAAGGAGGUGGUGUUAUCAAAAUGUUGCGAAACCUGAAUAAUCACUUCAGGUCUCCAAAGCAGGGUCACGCGCUAAAGAAAAUUCAAAAGGCGCUUUCGUGUCCUGAGCUAGAUCUAAUGACAGACCAAGACGUUCGUGUUGCUUACACUUGCAAAUUGAUUCGAAGAUCAGUAGUCGACUACUCAGCUUUUGAGGCAUACUUUCAGCUCACCAAAGACGUCACAAGCGUGCGGACGUCGCUAACGGCCAAAGAUUGGACGCUGGCUGUAAAAAUGGAGGCAGUUACCAAAUUUAUUGCUGAACUUGCGCUUGUAGAAGUGCAAAAGCUGGAACCUGAGUGGCUAAAUAUCGCCCAACGUCAGAACUAUGAUAUCUCGAAAGAGGAGCUGUCGAAUGCGAUGUCAAUUGACGCUCGCGACGGCAUGUACUGGGCACAGCUGGGCUUGUACAAGCAUAUCGACGUACUGAAGUGGUUCCGCGAUGAAGGUGAAGCACAGUUCCCUUCUAUAGCUCUGCUUGCGCGGAUUCACCUCGGCAAAAUAUCGUCCUCAGCGUUCCAGGAGCGGGUGUUUUCGACGGGAGCCAAUCAAAUCAAACCUUCAUUGUUCAACUGUGAGCAGCGUGUGCAGGGGCUACUGACAGUCGCAGCCAGUGACUUCAUUGCGCUGCUGCUGCACCUACAGCACUCGGCUCUAAGCUAUCAGCUUUGUGACCAGGGAAGCGAGAGCGACGAAAACGAUGACGAUAUGUUCUACUGCGCGAUAGUCUCCCACCGCUACCUGGGUCGUCCAGACGUCGUCAAAACUGGGAAAUGGAGCCCUGAACGGAUUUUUCUGCUUGAUGCCGUUCGUGCUCGCCGCGACCUACGCAUGAGCAAACAGACCUUCGUGUUUUUGCUGGGACGCAUCGAGGCCCACACUGCCUUCGCUCGAGUACCCGGCAAGCAGCAACAAGCUCCUGUCCAACUUCAGCUGGAGGUUUUUCUCUUCGCGCUGCAGGACUUGACGAUCCAUCGCAUUGCGCAGCAUUUUGGCAUUGGGGAAGGUCGGCCAGCCAGGGUCUUUGCAUGA